AUGGCUUCCCUCGCCCCCAUAGUGGACGGCAUUGGUAUUGCAAACCUACCCAACCAAGUAAAUAACAGUCCCUUCAUGACCACACUCCUCUCACCCACUGGUCAGAAACAUAAAAUUGUUGCAAAACGUGGGGCGCAUUUCACUAUCAUGGUAGUCGGCGAGUCCGGGCUUGGCAAAACGACGCUCAUUAACACGCUUUUCUCGACGGAGCUUUCCCCGGCCAAGAACUACUCCAAACGCCACGUUAAGCAGCUGGACAAGCUGACUGAAGUCGAAAUCAUCAAGGCAGAGCUAGAGGAGAAGCAAUUCAAGGUCAAGCUCACUGUCAUCGACACACCUGGCUUUGGUGACUAUGUCAACAACCGCGAUUCUUGGUCCCCUAUCGUGGAAUUCAUCGACGACCAGCAUGAGGCAUAUAUGCGUCAGGAGCAGCAGCCACAGCGUGCCGAAAAGACCGACCUUCGUGUCCAUGCUUGUCUCUACUUUAUCCGACCGACAGGACACACGUUGAAACCCCUUGAUAUUGAGAUUAUGAAGCGUCUCGGUACCCGUGUCAACUUGAUUCCCGUUGUCGCAAAGGCGGACACUCUGACGCAAAAUGAUCUUUUCACAUUCAAGCAACGCAUUCGCGAAGUCAUCGCUGCCCAAAAUAUCCGCAUAUACACCCCACCGGUGGAGGCGGAUGAUGAGAGUGCUGAACUUGCGCGUACUCUAACGGAUGCCAUCCCAUUUUCCAUCAUUGGUUCAACCGAGGAUGUCAAGACUCCUGACGGUCGUGUCGUCAAAGGCCGCGAGUAUCUGUGGGGUGUCGCUGAGGUUGAAAAUGAAAAUCAUUGCGAUUUCAAGAAACUCCGGUCGUUGUUGAUUCGUACGCAUAUGCUUGAUCUCAUCUCGACCACCGAAGAGGCGCACUACGAGAACUACCGCCAGUCACAAAUGGAAACCCGCAAGUUCGGGGAACCCAAGGUGAAGAAGACGGACAAUCCCAAGUUCAAAGAGGAAGAGGAGCAGUUGCGGAAGCGCUUUACCGAGCAGGUCAAAUCUGAAGAGUCCCGGUUCAGGCAAUGGGAACAACAUCUCAUUGCCGAGCGCGACCGCCUCAACAAGGAUCUUGAACUUGCGCACAGUGCAAUCAAGCAAUUAGAAGCGGAGUUGGACAAUCUUCAGGUUGGUUAUGGACGAGGAACUACCCGCCGAUGA